UUGCAAUUCGGACGAACAAACAAUCGUUCGCACCUUUAGUAGUUGUUCGGUGCAUGACAGCUGUUUUUGACGUCUGUUCACGUCAUUAUUUUUAUCAACAUAAACAACAGUUAAUCCACAUCGAGCUUAUGAAUUUGGGGCUGUUUAAUCGCAUGAACUUGAAAGAAAGCGGCGAGAAUAAGGGGAUGUAUUCAGAAUGGACGUCUUUAAGUCUCAUGCUUCAGAAGAACGGCGACGAAAACCAAAGUGUUUUAGAAAAGUUUGGUUUAGGGACGAGCAAAGAAGUGACUCUUGGCGUAGUAAGACAAUUGGCGAGUAAUUUGGGUAUUAGUCAACCAGCAGAACCUAGUCCUCUAGUGACUGAUAAAGAGGUGCAAUGGUGUAUGGAAGUACUGUGCUUUGGGCUGUCUUUACCCCUAUCAGAACAUGAGGCAAUCAAAGAUUGUGUUAAUGUUUACUGUGAGUGGCUGUCAGCGUUACUGAGCCCCAAAGUUUGCGUUCCUCAGCCAAUUGUUGAAGAUCCGAAUGUGUACGCGCGGAAGAUUAUCGCCCACCUUCACUAUUUAUUUAUUCCAAGGAAAGGAGAAGACUGGCCUUUUUUAUAUCAGGAUUUGGGAAUUGAUACAAUCAACAGGCAAGCCGUUUUGUGUCACAGGGUGUUGCGCACUCUCCAGCAAAUCGCUCACGAGUCAAAAUUGCUCGAACGCGAGACUUGGGAAGCACUUCUUUUAUUUUUACUCGCAAUAAAUGACACGUUACUAUCACCACCAACAGUAAAAGACGACGUAGCUGACCAACUUUGCGAAAGAGUUUUAAGUGUUUUAUUUGAGAUAUGGCUCAUAGCGUGCGCUCAAUGUUUCCCUUCACCACCUCUCUGGAAAACUUUGAGAGAGUGUUGUAUGAAUUGGCGUCAUCGAGUCGCACUAAUCGAGCAAUGGAAUCGAGUCAAUUUAGUUUUAACAUCCAAAGUUUUGGCGUUCAUGUACGGACCGGGUUUCCCUGAACUAAAAAUCGGCGAUGACGAUUUGAUAACUCAUGGUAUGUCAAAUGAGUGUAUAGCUCAGAGUUGGUACCGUUUUUUGAACACAAUCGGAAAUCCGAUUAGUUUGACUAAACCUGAAGUUAUUAGCCAAACUCAGAAGUUUCUUCAAUUUGCGAUAAGCACAGACAAUGUAAACGACCCCUGCCAACAUCCCUGUCUUCAGGCCCUCCCUUUGAUUUUUCUCAAAGCAAUCAAGGGAAUAGCUGGUCAAGUGGACGCAUUUCUCGGUGUAGCACAAGCUGUUUGGUGGGAAAAUAUGAUAACAGGGGGCAGCACUGAUAAGAGUAAAGAAGCCGCACCAAAUCAAACUUCUGCUACUUAUUCACCUAGUCCUACUCCUCCUACUCAACGCAGAUUGGCAAAAAGUUUUAGUGUGGCACCGUCCUCUGUCUCUAAGGGUAUUCCGAAAUCGUCUCUGAUCGGUUUGACGACAAGUCGGAGUUCGGUUGUUGCGACCGCUUCGGCCCCAAAUUCGGGACCUUCGUCAGCUUCGAGCGCUUCUUCUUUAACGUCUUUUGGUGUUGAAACACGCAACCCCUUAGCGCCAGGAAGGCCCCGAUGUAACAGUAUUUUGCAUUUAUUUGGCGAGUGGUUAUUUGAAGCUGCUUUUCUCGGUUGCGAUUUACACAACCGACAAACACACGACCAAAAUAAAAGACCCAGUUCGGUUUUGAUGGAGAGUUAUUCGCAACCGAGUUCAAUCAGUGACAUUCCUAGCUUGACCAUAGAUAAGUAUGAAGGUGGCAAGGCUGAAGCUUUGGGUACGCUUUGUCGAAUUAUGUGUGCGAAAAAAACCGGCGAGGAAAUACUUCCCGUGUAUUUAGCUCGGUUUUAUCUCGCUGUACAACAAGGGUUGAAAGCACCAAAUCGCGAGUGUGGCGAAACCAUGGUUGCAAUAUUAAUGAACUCAUCAGAUUUAUUCCGACUUGAUUUAGACGGGAUUCGAGUCCUUAUCCCUGUUUUUAUAACAGCGCUUGAGAUUGUUUUACCAGACAAAGAUUUGAAAUUAAAUUCGAAUGUUUCAAAAAUUGAAUUAAGAAGAGCUUCCAUCCAUUUAUUGUCAUCAAUGUUGGUUUUGCCGCUACAUUUUCAGAACGUUGUGAUUAAGGAAUUGAUAAGUUCAGGUUUCUCAGAGCGUCCUGUAACUUUCGCUCAACUCAAACCACGAUUGAUGAAUCUCGUCAUGAAUGCACUUCAGAUUGAGACCGACCCUCAAAAUACUCAUAUGUUACUUGGAAGUCUGUUUUUAUGUGUUCAAGAUUCGUCGAUUUAUGAGAAAGUCGAACAAGUGACACAACCACCGACUGAUACUUCCUCGAAUUUGCUAAGUUCAGCGUCCGACACUGCCAGUACCAUGAGCAUGGCUAGCAGUUAUGACCGUUCCACUUCACCUGAACACUUUGGUCCUGUUGAUUCGUAUGAUUUAAUGCCGAUAGAUUCGGCACAUGCCUUGUUUGUUAGGGCGACUUAUUUGGUAUGUCAUCGAUUGAUCAGUUCGUGGAAAACAGAUCUGAAUGUUUCUCUGGCGGCACUUGAACUGCUCUCAGGACUCGCCAGAAUACACAUCAAAGAGUCGGCUAGGAAGCUAACAGACGCGAUGGAGUGCAAAAGGGCCGUAAAGUGGCUUUGCGACUACAUCGUUUCGCAAUGUUCUCGCCCUCCACCAGCCCACUCCAAAGACCUGCACUCCACCAUCGUGGCCGCCUUCCAAUGUUGUUCCGUCUGGCUCCUGGAACACCCUUAUUUACUCCGCGACAAAGACUGUCUUACCACAGUCCUUGAAGUGGCAGAAUUGGGCGUUUCAGGCACUAAAUCAAUCGGAAAACCUGGCGAAAACAUAAAAAUGAAAGAACAAAAAGAACUCAAACCGGCUUCGAUGCGUGUGCGAGACGCUGCGGAAAAUCUCCUCACUUGUAUUUUAGAACAAGUUGGGUAUUUCCCCAAUGAAUGCGGCCCAGAAUCAAUUUCAUCGCUUCUUGACGAACUUGCUUUGUUGCAACAUUGCAAUUCGUGGCCCACCAAUUGCACGGAUCAAGCUGUUGCUGUUGAACGUUUUAGGUAUUUUGUGACUGAGGGCUCGGUCAUGUUGGCUCUACUCGAAGAACCGUUGGGGAAUGACCAAGACCCGCAACCGACAGUCACGAUUUUAAUACGAGGGCCAUUCGGACGUCAUGCCUGGACCAUGCAAUUGAGGCAUUUGCCGAGGCAUAGAGCAGGCAUGAAAUCACAUGCCUCAAACACUGGACGUCCUGUUGUCAUGCACGAAACACCCGUUUGUCCGCAAGUCAAACAAAAGUAUUUCCCCGACAGUGUUGAGAGAGUCACGCAGUGCAAAGUUGAUCAGUCAAUUCCGCCGCUUGAUUCGGUCAUAGCCCAAGACGAGGAAACAAACAAACUGGUCCAAUUAAUCGAGCGACAGACGACAGUUGAGGCAAAUCUAGCCGCCUCACAAUCGAAUUGUGUGCCACAAGAGUGUACACCGCCUCCUGUUUGUCACGAUUUUCAGACUUCUAGGUUGUUUUUGUCGCAUUUCGGGUUAUUGUCCCUCGGUGAUGAGGAAAAAGCGGAUGGGGCCCCGACUUUGACGGCUUUGGAUAGCAGUUCGGUUGAUUUUUGUAAGGAUUUGUCUGUUUUGGAUCAUUUGAGUCCGAGGACUUGUGAUACCGUUCAUAUUUUCUACGUCAAGUCGCAACAAGUUGACGCAAAUGAUAUUGUGAAUAAUGUGAGGGAGCAAAGUGGGAUUUCGGCCUACUUUUUUGAGUUUAUUCACACUUUGGGAUGGCCUGUUGAGGUGAACAAACACCCAGGGUGGACUGGCCACGUUUCGACGAGUUGGAAAAUUUCCCCUCAGGAAAACUCCGUUUCCGCGCGCAACUCCAGCUAUGACGGCACCACCCAUGUCUUGUAUUGGGCCGACGCCUGCUCUGAAAUAGCUUUUGUGGUCCCCUCUGUCAUAAAACCACCAGAACCAUCUGAACAAUCUUACAGCGCCUCAUUCUGGUACGAACGAAGCUUGUCUGAGACAAGCAAAGACAAGAGGGCCCUAAGUCUCGAACUGGACAAACAACCGGUGCCUCCUCGACGCUCGGGGCCCCGGUCAAACCUCCACCCGCACACUAAUACGAAAAUAAUGGUGGUAUGGUUGGAGAGUUUCGAGGAUCACUUAAAUCUUCCGAUUGAUGAUUUACUGAAUUGUAUGCACACCGGUUUAGAGCGAGGCUCCGUCACAAAAAGCAGCGAAGUGUUGGUCAUUUACUUACAUUUGAUGGCUUCGGGGCUGUUGAGGGUACAUCUGCAAGGGCCUCCAGGGCGUGUGGGGCUCGCGUCGCCCCUUAUCGACGGAAUGGUGGUCAGUCGGCGCGCCUUGGGCCCCCUUGUGAGGCACACGGCCCUAAAUAUGGCUCGUAGGAGAAGGCUUGACUCCGAUAGUUAUCAGCCCCCUCAUGUCAGACGCAGGCUUAAAAUCCAGGAAAUGGUUCAGAAAUAUAAACGCGAAAUGACUAAACCUGAAUUAUUAACUUAUUUAUUUAGUUCUACUUAAAUAAAAUUAAAUUGAAUUGAUUAUU